AUGAAAUCUUUGAGUAGCGUAGGACUUGGUUUGAGUGUAGUUUUUGGUUGUCUUUUCUUGGCUCUCAUUGCUGAGCUUUACUAUUUGUUGUGGUGGAAGAAGAGGUUCACCAACAGAGAGAUUGAAAAUGACUACAGCAGCCCCCAAAAGGAGCUGUUCUACACGUUCUGCUGGAGAAGGAACUCUUCUUUGUGCCACACAGCUCGAGGCCCCAGAGAACUCUGUGCUUCAUUGAGAAUGACAGAAACCCUUGUCCAUGAUCCAAAUUCUCAGCUUCAUAUGCACACAAGCAACAAUUUGCUGCUCAAACAAUUGGAAGAGGAUGAGCUGGACGCAGAGCUUAUGAGGCUGCAAAACGCUGCAGGCCCUCCAAGACAUCUCUUCACAAUUGUGGAAGAAACAAAGGAGGACUUAGAAUCUGAAGAUGGCAAGUCUAGAGGUGAUAGGAGCCAAAAGGGGUCAAGAAGUAAGAGUUUGAGUGAUUUGCUUGUCACUGUAGAGACACCAUAUUUGACACCUUUGGGUUCUCCAACUCUUUUCACACCUCCUCUCACUCCUGUGGUGGAUUCUCACAACCAGCAUGGAUUCAGCCCUCUGUUUGAAUCAAAAACUGAUGCAGAAUUCAACAGGUUGAGGUCAUCUCCACCUCCCAAGUUCAAGUUCUUGCAGGUAGCUGAGGAGAAACUUAGAAUAAAACUAAAGGAAGAGGCUGAAAAGGGUGUUCAUAAGAUUGAUGGUCAAGUUCAAGAGAAAGGAAAUAAAGCUCCUCCCAUUUCAAGGUUCCUUAAAGAUGAGGAAGAUGGUUCUUUUAUUACAAUAAUUGUUGACAAAAACAAAGAAAGGGAGCUUAAUCAUCACCAUCUCCAGCUACCACAAUACCAUUCAAGCACUUCUCAGGUUCUUCCCCUUGCUUCUUCACCUUCAGCAUUCAGAUCACCAAUUAACAAGAAGCCCACUUUACAAUAG